AUGAGGGUGCUGCUGGUGUUUCUGUUGGGCCUCAGCCUGGCUGGAGGAGAGCUCGUAGACAAAUGUGACCUCAGGAACCGGCUGAUGACGGCUUUGAGUUCCAUAACAGACGGGACGGAGCCAGGACGGCUGGGUGUGGAGAACAUUGUGGCCAAGAUCGUCUGCCACGUUAGUCAGACGUCACAUUACGACACCAGCGUUGUGAAUUCUCCUCCCAGCAGCUCUCACCUCAAGGAGAAGUUCUAUGGUCUGUUCCAGCUCACUGGAGAAGUGGUCUGCUCUGAGGGGGACAAGGAUCCAUCACACACCCUCUGUGAGAUGAAUUGCAGCGGCCUGUGUGACAGGGAUAUCACAGAUGAUAUUGACUGCAUUUUAAAGAUCCUCAAAAAGAUGAUAAAAGACGGGUAUAAAAGCGAUCCCAAGUUUCUGAAAAUGAUCCAGUCUAUUCUGGGAGACUGCAGAGAUGGCCAAGUCUCUAACUACUUCUCUGACUGCCCAUAACCUUCUUUAGUUUGAGAAUGAUCUCUACUGAUGAUAUGAAUACCUGAAGAUGUUUUCUUGUUUGUUAGAGUGAAGAAUUAAUUCAUCUCCAGAUGGUGGAGCUGGUUAAAGCUCAGUUCAGACCAAAGACCACCAGGAGGAGAUGAGCCUGCAGCUGCCUCUGUUCUGUCGGUUCACACUGCUGCUGCUGAUCUCACAGACUCUUUAAUGUGAAGUUUGAAGCUAUGACACGAUCAUUCUGACUCUACUGUCACUGACGUUCACCUGCCAGUGCACACAGGCAGACCCCGGUACAGCAGUGCUCUGUCUUGUCUCACAGAAAUGGCGGGCCUCUGAAAGGUGCUGUCUCUAAAUGCCAGGUAAAAAUGCUGAUGCAUGUACGUGGGGUCUGCAGCGGAAACACUAGCCCCCUGGUUAACAUUCACCUCCUGAUCCUGGGUCUGACCUAACCUGGAUUAUAAUCCAACUUCCCUGUCCAAGUCUGAUGGG